UUUCGAUUUUCGAUUUUCGAUUUUCGAUUUUCGAGUUUCGAGUUUCGAGUUUCGAGUUUCGAGCUUCUCGGCUAUUCCCCCGAGUGACCUACAUCCCGCUGAGACACAGUAGUCAAAUCAAAGUCAACUGAGGUCUCCCGGCCUUCAGUCUUCAGAUGCUUCAUGCCUGAUGACGUUUCGGUCAACACUCUAUUGUUAUACAGCCCACUUGAGGCUAAGAUGAAAGACGUAGCUUAGCUUAAGCCUUAGGCGUUACCUCGCACCGCGUGUACUUCGAAAGACACGCAUGAACCAGAGGCUCGCGUAAAGUGCACAUCUCACCCUCACCCCCCUCUACAGUUUUAUGAACUGCGAGUGUGCCAUGAGGUUAGCCUGCAAAGCCUCGUGAUAUCAAACAUUAUAGAGCUUAGACUCAUAUGCUACGCCCUUAUCCCCACCAUAGCCUCGUGAGGAGGCCUAUCGGGGUUGAUGCCUGGUAUAGUCUACUUAUAAUGAAGCCUACCGCAUAUUGAUGGAGCCAAUCUUGGCUUAUGUAUCUCUCCUCAUUCGUCUUCAUACCUACUAGCUUCCGCUGCUGCAUCUGCAAUCCAUAAACGCAAAUUUGUACUUUGUCCAGUUAGAACUCAUAUUUGCCCUGUCGAUCGUUAUCUUCUACCAUAUAGCGUUUACCCUCGAGCAGAGGUGCGCUUCGUCACUUUCCAUAUGUUCGAAUACUGUAUCAGGUCGUGUCCGCCAGGUCGACAGCAGUUCACGCGUUCCCAUUCCUUCUCGCACCAUCAUGAUCAUCAUCGCUACCACUACCGAACCCGGUGCUCCGAUGACUGCGCUGGGAUUUCCGUCGAGAAAUUGAACAGCCUGCGCGAGCAGAACAAAGGUCUUAUUGAGAGGAACGAUGUUCUCACUCGCGAAAAUCAGACCUUGAAAUACGACCUUCAAGCCUCUACCCAGGAGAACAGCCGCCUUCUCGCUUGCAACCGACAGAUGAUUGACGAGAUCGAAGAGUUGAGACGAGCACGCUCCCUCGACAGCGAAACAGCGGAGAGAUUUCGUCGACGGGUGCAAGCUAUCAAGUUAGAAGCUGACCAAAAGGACAAGGACAUCCAAGGCUUCAAGAAGGAAAACGACAUCUUGUCUAAGCGAGUUUGUGUCAUGACAGAAACCAUAUCGGACCAAAACCAGAGGAUUAUGAACUACAAGAAGAGACAGGAUGAUUACCAAACAACUCUAGACGAUGUCAAUAGCCGGCUUGAAAAGACGAAGCGUAUCCUUGCAGCUCGUCGUAGGGACCUUGAUGAAAGAAAUGCCCAGUUCGAGGAGCAAUGCCGCAUGCUGCACAGGUACGAAACUACGAUACCCUCUCGCCGUCGGUACAGUUUCGUAUAAGGGUCAUAGAGCUAUAUCACUUUGGCUAUUUCACCCCUUUAGUGGUCUAGAAGUGGCACUAUUGGGAAAUGCGUUAAAGGGGGGGUGGGGGUUAGGAUUCUGUUGAUUGAUCUGACAGCAAUAAGGAAGGAUGCCUUGACGUCUUGUAAGCUCUGUUUUUAUCGAAACGCUGAUUCCCGACACUCUCAUGUAAUCUAGUUUCUAUUGUCUUGCAUUACUAGUUGGUUAUAUUUUAGGAUAGCAUUCGCAGCGCUACAUAGGAGAAGGGGUAGGGGUAGGGAAGAGCGAGUUAUAUUGAUGUCACAUUUGCUUCUUAGUUAUGGAUGGAUGGUUAGCGUUUGGGUUUACGACUAUCUCCUUUACAAAUUAUGAUACCCUCAUUUUGCUUCAUUUCUUUUGUCAUGAAGCACAUGCUAGCUUAUAGUUCUAUGAGCGAUACGGCUCGGAGGGGGGACUUGGGCAGUUUGUCACAAGCGAAUAGAGACGUUAGAACUUACAUUAUAGGAAAAUGUUAGGAAAAAUGAUGGUCUAG